AUGUCGGAAUCGAAAUAUGAUUCUGUCAAAAAGAAAGAACUCUCUGAUCAAGAAUUACAUGAUAUCAAUUGCAGUAGUGACUUCACGGAUACUUGUGACUAUGGCCUUCUUCAGGAAAGUGUAUUGGGGUUAUAUACAACAAUGCAAGAAUUCGCCAGCCACCCAAUAUUUAAAUCACAUGUACAAAACGAAGCGUUCAAAAUGAUUGACAUUGACAAUCAAUUGAAGACAAGAAACAGAGAUUUGACGGAAGACCAUGCAAUAAUUUUUGCUGGUGAAACCGGUGCUGGGAAAUCAACUGUCAUUAACUUGUUGAUUAAUGAAGAGGAGGAUGUUCUACCCGUAGACAUCACAGCAACAACUUCAAGGCUGUGUAAAAUUCUGAAUUGUGAUCCAAUGGUAAUAUUAACAAAGAAUCAUGAAAACAAAACAAUAGAGGAGAGAAAGUUUCAAUCUCAUGAGAAAUCAAAUAUGAUAUCCAGUCUGAGAGACCUUGUUAGAACAGAUGAUCCCAAAGUGAGAUCCAUAAACAUUUGUCAUCCUGUUCCAAUUCAACAGGUAUUUUAUCUACACAACGGAAUUAAUUCGUUGUACAAUAUAUCGCAACUCAAACUAGGCUGA